AUGCAAGAAAUAUACUGUAUCUCUCGUUGGGAUCCCGCCAGGAAAUACUGCCUCAGAAUAGUAAUGCCCCACGGAUCGCUGCUCUUGCAGGCAAAUGACGCUUAUACGAGGGACCAAUGGUAUCAUUCUAUAAUAUGGAAGAGAAACAUAAUAAGGUAUAGGAAUUUUCUCACAAAGACUGUAAGAAAGGAAGUCGUCUUAAAGGAAUUAAAGAAUAUGGUUGAUUUCGUAAUGACUACGCCCUUACAGGACGAUAGUGUGACGCGAGCACCUUUGCAGAUACUCACCGAUUUACUCUCAGAGAAAAAGGAAAAUUCUGAUUGGGAGGAGUGGGCAGAAAACGUGACGAGUGUUGCUGCACCACUAUUGGCCGAACGAUGUGCAUCAGGGGAACUAUGUGCGUUGUUAGCGCGGUUGUGCCGACGGCGGCCUCGCGCCGCUCCCCUGCCUGCGCUGGCGCCGCCCGUGCGCCGCGUCCUUACGCGCAACGUAGAUUUCGCUAGAGCACCCAACGCCAGAAGACUUGUCAGAGAUUAUAUCAGUGCACUGAGCGCGCAUAACUCGGGUACUUCCCUAGUUCGUCGAUUUGUGGAGGUGGCACACGGCAGUCGCGCAGCGUGUCCCUAUCCUCGAGCCGCACCUAACCUCACCGCUGUAGCUCUGGCUGCCAUAGAUGAUCACUAUCGUGACACCAUUUCGCCUCAUGUGUGCAAUGAUGCGGAAGAAGAAGUACUCUGCUUUGCUGAUAUUCUGGAACACAUGUGCGAAUAUGAAGACUGGCUGUUGGUAGUCGGUGCGGUAUUGCAACCGGUUCCAUUAUGCGCAGCUGCUAUGAGUUGCCCACGUAUUGCUAAGCGGUUAGGCAAAGUACUUCAUACCCUAGCACACGAUUCUAGAUGUGCAGCUCACUCUUGCGUGGCCCCUGCGCGAGCGGCCAGACUAAUCCCGCCUUCAUGGCUGCGUACUGCUGCGCCUUCUGAUCCCAUGUUAGCAUUGCCACAUGAAGAAUUAUGUCAGCUUUGGGGUGACAUGCUUGGUAGCCUACUUAACUGCUGUAGCAAAAGGAAAAGCUUUCUGCAAAGCAUGAGCAAACAGAUGCCAGAUUUCGUACUAGUCGCUCUAACUGAGCAUCCAGCUGCUUUAGAGGCUCUAUGUUUAAUAUUGGAAUGGGAAGUGACCAGUGGAGAACAAACACAACUGGAGAUUAUCGCCGCACUGCAGGGCACUGAGCUUGGUCAAAAAUAUUACAAAGAUUUGUGCGAGAGACAACAAAGCCUUCAACGCUUGCAAGCGGAGGGGGGACCACGUAGGCUUGCGCUGCCAGUCCGCGCAACAGACGCGGAUGUUGCCGCGUUGUUAGAAGCCGGUGCGCUCGGCAACCUCGAGUGCCUGUCACUCGCUUUCACUAGCGUCACCAGUGCCUGUGCACAUCAUCUUAUUAAGUUGCCAUCACUAAGGUACCUAAACCUGUGGGCUACCAAGUUUGGUGACAGUGGUGUUCAGUUAAUAGCUGAGCAUUUGCCACGGCUUCAAGUCCUCAAUCUCUGCGAAACACCCGUUUCAGACAAAGGAAUAGAGGCGCUCUCAGGUCUGUCAAACUUGCGCCGAUUAAAUUUGAACAGCACGAAAUUAUCAGCGGAGGCGUUCGACGUCCUGCGUCAGCGUCUGCCGCAGCUGCAGGAGUACGACGUUCGCUACACGGAGGCGUGGUGA